UAUAUAUAUAAGCGGUGGCUUCUCAGUUAAGAUCGAGAGGAAAAGAGAAGCAGAUGACUGUGGUGGCUUAUCGGCGGUGCUUAUCGGCCGGAACAAUGUAUAUUUUGUCCGGUCACCGUCGAUUAAGUUUGAUUCCGGCGAGAGACUAUUCUCAGUCUGCGAUUCGACGUUAUAGCAUUACAUCAACAUCAUCAUUGAGGUCGUCGUCGUCUUCGUCUAGCUCAUUGCUAUCGAGGUUACUUCGAGAGCCGGAUUCACAGGUGAAAUCCGUUCUCGAUCUCGAGGUUAGCAAUAACGCCUCUCUCAAAACCCUAGGUUUUUCACUGGACUGCCUACUCGACUCCUUGAAUAAUUUCUCCCGCCGCAAAGCUCAACUGGUUCUGGAAUGGAGAUUAGAGAAAAUGUUAAAUUCCAACGAGAAAGAUUACGAACGUUACUCAGAACUGUUACACAUGUGUGGAAGAAUAAAAAACGUUCCAUUUGCUCUACAAGCAUUUUCUUCAAUGGAAAUCCAAGGAAUCAAACCAACUUCCGCCAGUUUCAAUGCACUCAUAUCCGCUUGUUUAGCCUCUGGCAAUUCACUAACUGCACAAAGCUUGUUCGAGAUAAUGGAGAGUUCAGAUUACUACAAACCUAAUUCAGAAACUUUCAACAUCUUCGUAGCUGUGUAUGCACACUCUGAAAAUGAACAACUCAUGCUAACAUGGCAAUCGGCAAGAAUAGCUGCAGGAUUAUCUAACAACACCGAAACAUACGAAUCUCUCAUUUCUGGCUAUGUCAAGUCCAAGAAUCUAACUGCUGCAGACAGAUCCUACGAGGAAAUGUUCCUAUCGAAUGUUGCACCUAACAUAUCGAUAUUGGAAAACAUGUUUUCGGUUUUCUACUGUCAGAGGAAUUUGGUGAAGGCUAAAGAGCAUUUGAAAUAUGUUAUGAGUAAUGGAUGGAAGUUGACACCAUUUAUGGCUGAGAAACUUGUGAGUCUAUAUGAAGAAGUUGGAAGAGUGGAGGAUAUAGAAGAACUGUUAACUACUACUUUGGCGAAAUCCUGUGAAGAUAGAAAUGUUUUAAUGACAGUUCAGUUUGGUGUUAUAAGGAUGUAUGCGAAGAUGGAUAGAUUGGAUGACCUAGAAUGUUCGGUUAACAAGAUGUUGAGCCAAGGAAUAUCGUUCGCGUCUGAUGAAGAUGUUAACAAAGUUAUUAAAGCGUAUUUCAGAAGGGCUGCUUUUGAUAGACUUGAUUUGUUUUUGGAUUGUAUUAAGCCUUCUUAUAAGCUUACUAGAUCAACAUAUGAAGUUUUGAAUGCUGGCUACAAAAGAGUGGGUUUAGUUUGUAAGAUCGAUUGAUCGUUUAUGCAUGAUUUGA